AUGCGCGUCUUGAAGCAGCUUACUCUCGACGAAGGUAAUGCAUACCCGUCUGCAGUUUCGAUUCUUCAAAAUUCUAUUUACGUGGAUGACGCGUUGUUCGGGGCUAAUGACGUCAGAUCUCUCGCCGAUGCUCGUUCUCAGCUCGUCCAGCUCAUAAAAAAAGGGGGAUUUCAGCUUCGUAAGUGGGCGUCUAAUUCAAGCGAUUUUCUUAGAGAUCUCUCGGCUGACCAACCCGAGGUGACCAACCAUCUCAUAUUAAAAGACGAGUCUCUUAAAGUUCUCGGUCUUUCGUGGCUUCCUCUCGAAGACGCUUUCAGAUUCAUUGUUAAUUUCGCUGCUUCGGACGCGCCCACAAAACGUUCAAUCCUGUCGUUUAUUGCUAGACUGUACGACCCACUUGGUUGGGCCGCGCCUGUCGUCAUUGUUGCUAAAAUAUUGCUGCAGGAACUGUGGCUUCUCCGUUGCGAUUGGGAUGCACCUCUUCCCGACACGUUACUCCAGCGCUGGAGCGACUACGUCGCGGAAAAUUUGAACAAAAUCCGGAUACCGCGAUGGACUGGUCAACAUUCAUCCGAUCUGGCCUACGAAAUACAUGGAUUUGCGGACGCUUCUAGCCGCGCUUACGCCGCUGUUGUCUAUCUUCGAGUUCUUCACUCACUGUCAAGCUUUCAAAUCAGCUUACUUGUUGCAAAAACCAAAGUUGCGCCCGUCAAGACGGUUAGCAUUCCGCGACUGGAACUCAACGCUGUCGUACUUCUAAGUCGACUCAUCAAGUGGACUCUUAGUUCCUUGCGAAUACCGUCAACGCCUGUCUACGGCUGGACAGAUUCCUUAAUCACUCUGGCGUAG